GUAGAUAACUGAUUACUUUCCUUAGGAAAGUAACAACAACAGUUAUACUUUGACGAUAAAGUGGGAACACUAGGAGUGGAACGCUACCCCAUUGAUUAGACAGCUAGGGUGUCUAAUACAGUGGCGAAUUUAAGGGGGGGGCGACCGCCCCCCUCCAUACGGUCGUGUCCCCUAUGUAAAAGGCCUAUCCCCUGGACGAUGCUGCGCCGCAAAGCAUGAAAUUUACAACCCCCCCCCCCCCCACCGCCCCAUGACAGACCCUUAAAUCUGCCUCUGGUCUAAUAUGAGUGAGACGACGAUGAUCGGAGUAGGGAUAGCGAUCUUGAUCGUAAUAGUGGGAAUGCCCGGGGGCGCUGUCGAGGUGACAACCAUUCUAUUAGGCGACUGGCCGAUGUAAGGCCGCCCUGGAAACUGCCGCGGUCUCCCAAGGGCUGAGGAUGGAAGACAGGUUGAAGGGACUGCUGCAAAUGGUGGUAAGCUGUGAUUGCAGUGUACGCCCCUUGUACGUAUCCGGCAGCGGAGAAGUAUGUGCUCUACUUUGGCAAGUAGACCACACUUUGGUACGCCACACUUGCUGGUAGUGAUAGAACGGGAUGAAGGCGACGUAGACUGUGGAUAAGCGACUCAGGGGGACGUGAAAGAUUUGCAGGCUGACGGUAAAGGGGACCUGGUUGCAAUGUCUCGUUGCCACUGGAGGGUAGACAAGGAAUCGGACACGUGCAUCAGGAGCAAUUAUUCUGUUAACGGAGGUAGAAGGCCGUUGAUGUAGAGCGAAAGCGGCAGCAUCCGAUUGAGAAAGGUUGACCGACUACAGGUAUGGGGCAAGUAGUCACCAACAUUACGUGAUUCGCCACCAUCAUGAUCAUGAAAUAGGUUGACAAAAUAUAGGUUAGAACCUUCAGCUAUAUCAACUCCUCGUAGUACUUCUCCGUUUUACAUGAAUUUCGUUAGCAGUGGAGGCUUCAUAGUUCUCCUUCGAAAAUUGUUCAGGUUCUUCCACACAAUAUUUGAUUUGCCACUUAUGAUGUUGGUGUAACGGUCUCUCUUAGUUUCUCGUACCCUUUUCGUGACCCAGUUUCUAACUCUUGGGGAUUCUUUUAAGGUUUCACUUUCCCUGGUUUUUAUAUCUAUGCCGGAUCAUUUUUAGCGAUUCUGCUGUCAUCCGAAGCUUCCUUACGUUGCUAUUUAUAGGCGCUUCUGUAGUUGGAAAACGUACGGUAUAUAACGCCAAAAGCUUAAGGAGCGCAUUGUAGGCUUGAUUAGGGCUCUUAAAAAGAAUACAAAAUUACAGUCACCAUUUUGAACAUCGUUUUGGAAGGCUCCCAACCUAUCCGUAUCCCCUGUUAAAAGCUGGAAUGUUCUUCCUCUAUCCUUUCUUGGACAGCAUCUCGCGACAGUGAGACAUACUUUUAUCUGGUCACUAAUAUCGCCAACUACACUGGUCUCUCCGGUAAGGACAAGUUACAAUUUUAUUAUGAAUAGAUCGAACUAAGUGGACGAACGCUCUGCACAACGUGUAGGGAUUAGGAUUGUGUUUCUGAAACCAUACCCUUCAAUUGCCAGCAUUAACUAUUUUCAUCUACAGAAUUAGGUAAGAUAUCCAUAGGGAAACCACCACCCAAAAUUGCAGAGUACACCAUGACACACAUCAGAAAUGAGCAUAAAAAAAAGGGAUGUAGUUCGUUACCGGGACCACUGCGUUUUUGUAAAGAAAGAAGAUAGCUAGGUAAAUGAUAUGUUUUUACCUGAAGCAGGAGCAAAUUAGGAACGAAAUUAAACAGGAAUGACCCUCGUAUAUUGCGUGAAACGUAUAAAAAUUAAAUUUUAUCGCCCGUUUUUUGAUGGCGCUCCGCCAUCUUGGGUGAGGACCUUCUGGCCUAACCCGAGGCACAGUCUCGACGCCCGCACCGCCUACUGCUUGCCUGCCCCCCCAAUAUGUAGAACCUAACUUAACCCAACCUCACUAAAGUGAGGCGAUUUAGCCCAAUUCUCUUGCAAGUUUCGAAUCCGUUAGGCUUAGCAUUCCCGUGUUUCUCGUGUGCUAAAAGUGAAUCAGAUGGGGUUGUUGAAAUGCCUAUAAAAAAACUUCUAGUCCACAGAAUUUUAUAAUUCUUACCUUUUUCGAUUCAGUAUAUGAACUUCUUUCACUUCUACGCAAUAUUUACCUUUCAAACGCUUUCACAAUUUUUUAAAAACGAGUGGUCCCGGUAACGAACUACACCCAAAAAAAGUGAAGGAGGAAGAUGCAUUUCUACCUGCCGGACGAUAUGUAACAGUAAACAUGCAUGAGUUAUACAAGGCACUAAGAAGCUCGAAAUCGUUUGUAAUCACGCAGAAGUUACAAUAUAGUGUUUCCUUUGUGACAGUCUCCGUCAAACACGUAUACAUACGUCCGUGAUCCGUGUGGAAGCAGCUACGUGCUUACCAUCCUCCUUAUCAUUUGGGGUGACAUAUAACUGGAAGUGGUACAUGUCUGUCGCCGCUGGCAUACUCCAUUUCAUAAUCCUCUGUAUUCCCGAUUACUCUAGUAUAUUAGUUGCCCUUGCACAUCUCCCUUUGUGGCAAUGGGGUAGCCUAUCGCCCCCGGUGAUGAAGCUCCCCAUCCGUAAUCUCACAAUAACGUUGUUGUUGUUGUUCUCCGUUUUUGUAUCACACCCACUGCACCUUGGCCACUGCAUGCCUGUGCGAGGAAGAAGAAAAGGAAGCGAACGCAGCCCACCGCUGGUCUUCGGAAUGUCACGGGAUCUGCCGAGACAACUAGAAUCGCCUGGAAUGAACCAUAUGACCAAGCCAAAGCGUGCCCCACCAGAGGUUGUGAGUUCAGCGCAAAGCACACAGAGCCUCCAACAGCACAGUACCUACCGGAUGUCCUCAGAUAUCGAUCUGAUCUCAGUCUUAGGAGAAGCGACAAAAUUUCAACGUCUGUUGCUGGCUCACUGUAUGCUCGCGAUCAUGCUGUCCGCCAUCAACGACCAGUGGCCCCUUGUGGUAGCCCCUCAGCAGGACCAUUGGUGCGCUCCUCCAGAACACAUGAACAUCUCGACAGAAGCUUGGAAGAACAUGAGCAUCCCUAUCCAGGAGGACGGAACCUACAGCCAGUGCGAAAUGUACCAAGAAUACAACUCAUCUCGCCCUAAUCGUUCAACUAUUCGUUGCACAAAGUGGCAAUAUGAUGAAACACGCAACACAGGAACCGUCACUCAAGAGUGGGACAUGGUUUGUGAUCUGGAAUGGAUGCAUUCCUCUGCUCUGGCAGUUCAGAUGGGAGCUACUCUCUUGGGAUUGCUUGCAUCGGGGGUCCUUUCAGACAGCAUUGGGCGGAAACCCGUAGUGUGCUUUUGUUCUGCUGCGAGCGUCAUUUUCAGCGUCGGCGCCCUGAACACCGCAUCGCUCGUCCUGUACGUUUGCUUUCGUUGCGGCGUCACUAUGAGCCUGAGUGCAGUAAUUCUGCCCUCCUACAUAUUAGUCAUGGAGCUGGUACCUCCCUCAAGCCGAGGUCUCUAUGGCGUCCUUAGCUUCACAGGCUUUGAGGUCGGCGUCACCAUAGCGAGGGCUUCCAGGGACAUGUAUUACACCUGGAGGACGUUGCAGGCGAUGUUCCUCCUCUUAUUAUGUUUCCUCCUCGGAAGCUUCGUGUUGGUCGAAGAGUCUCCCAGGUGGCUAAUCUCGAAGUGGGAGCUGAAGAGGGCUGAAGAAGCUGUUUUGGCCAUAGCCAAGGUGAAUGGAAGGAAAGUCGAAGAUGCUCGUGAGUCAUGGCGUAGUUACAAGACCUUACUCAAGCAAGGAGAAGGAGUAAUAUGUGGCAUGCUUGACGUAUCUUAUACAAGGAUCCUCCUGCAACACAGGCUUCUGCACGCGAACAUUAUCCUCAGCUAUGCGUGGUUCGCCACUUCCUUUACGUUCUAUGGAUUGACGCUGGUGAAUACAGCGGAGAAAGACUUGCACUGGGCCGUUAUUCUGUGCAUUCUAAUUCCACGCCAAUACAUUGCCUAUUUAUGCAUUGAGCAGUUUGGACGAAGACCCACCCUCUCAUACUCGGCGCUCAUGACAUCAGGUGCCUGCGUAGUGGCAAGCUUCAUAACGUCAGGUGCCGAAGCGCUACGCUAUGUGAAGAUGGCGCUGAGAAGAUUGGCUCUUUCAUCAAUCGGGGUUUCCUUGACUGUCGUCCUUCUGUACAUGGUGGAAAUGAACCCGACUUCUGUGAGAACCAUCUCUGUCUGCAUGUGCUGCAUCUUCUGCAGGUUGGGCGGAAUGUUGUCCAUUCUUCUUGUAAAACUGGACGUUGUGCCGGGAGAGGUGACUCAAAUGGUCCUAUACGCGUUGACCUGCUUAGUUGCUGGUUUUCUCGUAACCGGGCUUCCUGAGACAAGGAUGGUCAUUCUACCAGAGGUGAUCAAGAGGGAGGAUAUCCUUCGAAUAGAACCUCUUCGGGUUGAAAAAGCAUACAAGAGAAGAAUGGAAGAAACCACGAGAUCUGUGACUCCCGUAGAAAGCUGCUUUCAGGAGAGGUCACUUCGAGAUCUUCCUUUGUCUUCGGAACGAACAUCUAGAAUGAAUUACCUGAAGGAUAUACAUAGCGCACUCUAACGAGUCAACCAAAGGGCUCGUGCAGUCUUGGUUUUAGCAAUACCAACAAGUCUGGUGAAAUAUGUGACGGCAUAAUGCGUCGACUUGCGUACGUAUGAUAAUGUACAUGAUGUAAUUACACAUAGUAAUGUAAUAACUCUACAAUACAGACUUUCACGUAGU